AUGUUGCUAUACUCUUACCACUUCAAUUUAUGCAUUAUUCUCGCAGCUCUGGUCUGUCUUGUCUCCCUCGUCAAUGUGAACGCACAGCAAGACUACUCCUGUUCCCCCGACAGACCAUGUAAGCUAGGGUGCUGCGGGAAGAACAAUGUCUGUGGCAUGGGCCCCUCCUACUGCGCCCCGGAGAACUGCACCUCUACCUGCGACGCAAAAAGCGAGUGUGACCCGGGAUGGGGCUGGCAGUGGAGUGAGCGAUCAAACUGCCCGCUCAAUGUCUGCUGCUCUGAGUACGGCUUUUGCGGUACGACCGAGGACUUCUGCGGCGAUGAGAAAGUGACCAAGCCCAGCUGUCCGGGGGGCACGAGCGCGGGAAAGAAGGUGAUCGGGUAUUACGAGGGGUGGUCGACGAGUAAGAAGUGCAAUGGGCUUAACCCGGAGGACUUGCUGAUAGGGGCGUAUACGCAUCUCAACUAUGCGUUUGCCUUUAUCAAUCCGGAGAGUUAUAGAAUCGCCAAUAUGCAGGACUCAGACGAGGAGUAUAUGCCGCGAUUGACGGCACUGAAGAACUACAACCCUAGUCUGGAAGUUUGGAUUGCCAUAGGCGGCUGGAGUAUGAACGACCCUGAUCAGCCCACAAAGCGAACCUUUUCCGAGUUGGCAGCAUCCACGGACCAUCAAGAUGUAUUUUUCGAGUCCCUCCUGUCCUUCAUGGACAAGUAUGGCUUCGACGGUGUGGACAUUGACUGGGAGUACCCUGUAGCAGAGGAGCGCUCCGGUGCCCCUGAAGACUUUGAGAAUUUCGUCUCAUUUCUCAAGAACCUCAAAGCUGUGCUGGGAAACCGGGGACUUACCAUCACCCUUCCGGCUUCCUUCUGGUAUUUGCAGCACUUUGACAUCAAGAAUAUGGAGCCCAUCCUCGACUGGUUCAACAUCAUGAGCUACGACCUGCACGGCACCUGGGAUGGCACAAACCCCUACCUGGGGCCGUACAUCAACUCGCACACUAAUCUGACCGAGAUUGACCUCGCACUGGAGCUCCUCUGGCGUAACGACAUUGACCCUAAGAAGGUCGUGAUGGGAAUGGGCUUCUACGGCCGCAGCUUCACCUUGUCGGACCCGGCAUGCAACACCCCGGGCUGUGGAUUCUCGGCUGGGGGCAAUCCCGGCAAGUGCUCGGCGUCAGCGGGAAGUUUGAUGUUCUCUGAGAUUCAGGACAUCAUCGACGCGGGUGGCGCCGAGGUGGUCCAUGAUGAGAAAGCAGGCGUGCAGAUGGUAACCUGGGACACGAACCAGUGGGUCUCAUACGACGACGAUGAGACCCUCAAAGCCAAGAUGGAUUACGCCAACGAGCUCUGCCUGGGCGGGGUGAUGGUCUGGGCCGCCUCAACGGACGACCACAAAGGCACCGCCAUCCGGGCCCUGGCCAAGGCAGCAGGGCGCACCGACCUGACAGUCCCCGUGCUCGCCGCACACGCGAACAACGACCCCAGCCAGUGCGUCUGGGGUGAGUGCGGUGCCGACUGUCCCUCGGGCCUAAUCCCCGUCGAAGAAUCUUCGAGCAAUAAGAACCCAUUAGGAAUCGAGCUAGGCUGUAACCAGGGAACACGCUACUUCUGCUGCCCCUCCAAGAGCCCGCCAACCUGCAAAUGGAAAGGCAGUCCCAAGUUCUGUGGUCUGUUGGCCAAGAACCGCUGCAACGACGAGGAGAUUGAGGUCUCGGCCAGCACCGACGGCUGCUGGACGGGCCACAAGUCGCUCUGCUGUACUAAGACUGAGUCAACAGACGUCCUCGACGCCUGCAAGUGGUUUGGCGCCGCGCCUAUCUGCGCCGCCGGUGCCUUUUUUGGGUCUGCCUUGGGACCGCUAGGUGGCGCCCUUUCUUUUGAGUCCUACGGCUGCGGCGACGAUGAUCGUCUUCCCAACGAGCUCACCAAGGCUAAGCAGGGCCAAGGGGGACAGCAAAGUUGCAGCUAUAACGGCGGGUUCAAGAGCUUCUGCUGCGAGAAUCCAACGCCCUGGAAGGACUGCAAAUGGCGCGCCGGAAACACGGCCUGGGUACAGUGGGAGAACCUCCUCUUUGGGCCUCUGGGGUCCCUCUUCUUCGACUUCUCGACGGACUGUAAGACAGGCUGCGAGCCUGGCGAGACAACAGUUGCCACGGACGGUUGGGGUUGUCGCUCCGGUACCUACUCGUACUUUUGCUGCGCGGAUCCAAACCAGCCUGCGUCUCCUGAGCUGCCAGAUAUCAACCUCUGCUACGGCCCUAACCAUCUCGACAGUCUGGAGAGCGAGCUAGAGGAAGAGUCCAACCUGCCAAAUGUCUAUGACGAGGAAGACGAGUUCGACUACUCCUGCGGAACGGAUGACUUAACCGCGCUCCUCAGAGAGAGGAGAGACAUACCCGUGUCCAACUCAUCCCAGUCACAGCUAGUAGCUGGUUUGGAAACGUCUUUCCUUCUUGCAGAGCGCGACCUUUUCCCGCGCGGCGCACGCGAAAGGGUCGCAAUGGCUCUCUGUGGCCCAAACGGCCAAAGAUCAAGUAUCUGGGUGCAGCAAUAUCCUGGCGCAUCUAGCAUACUCCUCACAACCGGCCGAGCCUGGACGGUCGCUAAACAAGGUCUCUGUGCCGCGGCGGGCAUAACCGGUCUCAGCACGCUCGCCAGUGGCACGGACUGGGUGACUGAGCACGUCCUGGAGAAGCAGGAGUUUCGCAACGCGCUUGAGUACAUGGCCUCUGGUGAGACACCCAGUCACACUCCAUUAACCGAGGGGGCCGUCCCUUUUGCUCAGGUGUUUGGGCCGAACGGCAUCUUCCAACACAACUGGCCGACCACAACGUACACGAGUCUGUCCUUCACGCAUAACUGGGCAGGGAAUAUCAAUGAUUAUUUCACGGGGCUUCUGGGUCGCACUAGCGAUUCAGGCCUGUCAAAUAGAUUCAUCGACAACCUCCAGGUCUGCGACCGUGACUUCAACGUGUACAAAGAAUACAUGGUCAAGGGGUGGGACUUCAUUUCGCGAAACAUGUGGGACAACUAUAACCCACAGGAGCGUAUAGGGAUUCUCCUUGAUGUAGUAGACAUGCACAACUACCGCCGCGAAGACGAUGUGGUGAAGGCGUUUCAUUCGACGUUCGAUAACAUCGCGAAGCUGUUUGGCGACCUGACGACAUACGCGGCGACACAGGGUGUGAAUUAUGACUUCGAGAAAUCCUGGAGGGAGAUCAUGCCGGCUUAUCUAAACUGGCAGGUAGAUAAGGUGCGCCAGACCUUCGAGACGUAUGUGGACGAGGAGAUUCUGUUUUGGGCGGGCAGCGUGGCACAGAACACCUACGCGCCCACAGUGAUCACUAGCAUGGACACGUUGUUGCGAAGUCUGAAAACAGAUAUCAAUACGAAUCUGGCGUUGAAGGUGGCGCAGAUGACUGCCUAG